AUGGUUCAACAAACGAUAGAUUCAAAAUUCAGCGAGUAUGGGCUCGGCAAUACUGAUACUAACUUGUCCGCACACGAUAAGCAAUUUCCACUUGUUGUAAAGAAGACAGCAUUAAGAGAUGUGCAGAAUGAAAAUAGAAUUCCCAAAUCUGUAGGAAAUUCUCCAUUAUCAAAGAAUGGAGGACAGACUAUGAACAGCAUUAAGGUUUCUGGAGUCAAGAGACCCUCGUCUGAGGGCCUGAUGAGAUCUCCAGUUCCACGUUAUGAAUCUUCAACUAGUGGUGCCCCAAAUUCUCAUCUUGUUUAUGUCCGUAGGAAAUCUGAAGCAGAAAUAGGCAAGCUUGGUCAUCCAGAGGAGACUGAUCAACCAAACCCCUCCCAGAUAAAGGAUUCAACAGUCUCUUCGUUUCCCGCAUUGUCACCUAUGCCUGUGGCUCCCCCAAUAAGUUCAUCUGGAAAACCUUCAGUUCCUCUUCCUCUUGGACAGUCUAGCACAAGGUUUGCAACAGUAGAAUCCAGUUAUCAUCCUGUUCAUUCUUCUGUCCCUUCAUCUAAUCCAAAGGCAGAGAGAAAUAUGGAUUGGGAAGAGCGAUAUCAUCAAUUGCAGACGUUAUUGAAGAAAUUAGAUGAAUCGGAUCAAGAGGAAUAUGUCCAGAUGCUUCGGUCAGUUUCGUCAGUUGAGCUUAGCAGACAUGCUAUUGAGUUGGAAAAGAGAUCAAUUCAGCUUUCACUGGAGGAAGCGAAGGAGGUGCAAUGUGUUUCGAUUUUAAAUGUCUUGGGGAAAUCCUUGAAGAAUUUUAAAGCACUACCCUCAAUUCAGCAAAACCAGUCAGAGAAAUGA